GUUUCGAUAAUGUCGCCGUCACAGUCCGAUCGUGAACUUCGCUUUAUUCAGUUGUCGCGUACCGCGUGUCUCCGCCGCGAAAAAAAAAAGUAAAACUUAGUUGUGAGUUGGCUGUUUGAUUUCUCGCCCGAAAGCCGCCUGUAGUGUAUUGUUUUAUGUUUGUUGUUAUCAACGCGUCUAAAAGCUUUAACAGCAGUAAUUUCGUGCCUCGAGUGUGUUAUAAACUAUAAUUAAGAACGUGCGUGUGUUUUGCGGCCCCCUUCCCGAAAGAUUCGCAGUCGCAUUCAACUCCAACCCAUUUAAAUCAAUAUAAAAUUACCGCAGUGGUUUUUUUUAUCGCCAUCAUUUCGUUUGCUUUUGUUGCUUUUGUUUUAAAAACAUAAAUUAAUAUAAAUUCAUGCAAGCUCUCUGGUGCACAGCAACUGCAACAGCAACGGCAACGGCAACGACAAACGGCAAAACUAAUUUAUGGCAUUAAAAAUGCAUAUUUUCUAGCAGUGCGUUGCCAGUUUUUAUCAUUUGCCAAGUGCGAAAGGCGUGAGCCAAGGCAGCAGCCGCUUUCAGUUGCUGCGCCCGAAAGUGUGCACCGCUUUCCGGUACUGGCUGUGUGUGUGCGUGUGUGUGCGACUGUGUGCCUGUGUAUCUCCGUGUGCGUGUGAGUGUGUGUGCAUGCGUUUAUGCGAUCUACGAGCAGCUCAUGCAGCUAAAAUUGAAUUCGACUGGCACAAAGCAGCAUUAGAGCAACUGAGCCUGAAAAUUUCCUCUUAUUCUACACCCCGCGUCCGCGCCCGCUGCUUAAACUGCUUCUUCCCUUUCGUCCGCAUCGUCGGCAGCAGCAGCAGCAGCAGCAGCAGCAGCAGCCUCGCAUGAUAAUUCACUGCUCUGGCCCAGGACUGGCAACGAAAUGGCUUUCCUAUGUGCAACGCUGGCCACAGUUAUGAAAUGGCGACCAAUGGUGAUAUAUCGAUGAUCUCGCCGCCAACGUCUUCCAUUUCAAACGAUCAAGAUCCGUUUGGACAGCUGCCACCGCUACCACCGCCGUUGCGUUCCACCCAAGUGCUUCAGCCGUUGAGCGUAUUUCCAGUGUCCAAUUUGAGCGAAGAUUCUUACGAUUAUGUUUUUGGUGGUCGACGUAAGACUCCGCCCACAACAACGUCAACACAACUUAAGCUGACCUCGCCGCCAGUGCGCCUGCGACCCGAAGACGCCUAUCGAGGUGAAAAUAUAAACAACGGCCGUUUCUAUCGUCAUUCCUUUAGCUAUGCCCCCAAGCGCCAGCGCCACUCGAGCCGUGAUGAUCGUGACCGCGAGUCUAGAUUGAGAUGUCAUGGCGAGGAUGAGGCAACACUGCGCCAAUUGCUGCUCGAUUUGCAAAAGCAAGUUAGCGUGAUGAGCAUGAAUCUAUCAGCGAAACUCGAUGAACUGCAGCGAGGCGAUCGACACCUGGAGACGACAGUCGCCUUGUGCGAAAUCCGCACACAGCUGCAGGAGCUGACCAAGUCCGUGGAGAGCUGCCAGAGUGAGGUAUCGGAGGUCAAACGUGACAUGGUGGCAAUCAAACACGAACUGGACACCGUGCAGCAGGUGAAGGAGGAGAUUGAGGAGCUCCGCGAAUAUGUGGACAGACUGGAGGAGCACACGCACAGACGGAAGCUAAGACUUUUAGAACAAGGUCUGACCUUCUUCCUCACCUACUCCAUAUUCUCGGCGGUGCUGGGUAUGCUGCAAUUUGGCUACAAUACUGGAGUCAUCAAUGCGCCCGAAAAGAAUAUUGAGAAUUUUAUGAAAGAUGUGUACAAGGAUCGCUAUGGCGAGGACAUUAGCGAGGAGUUUAUACAACAGCUGUACUCAGUUGCCGUCUCCAUAUUUGCCAUUGGCGGCAUGCUGGGUGGUUUCAGUGGUGGCUGGAUGGCAAAUCGCUUUGGCAGAAAAGGCGGUCUAUUGUUAAACAAUGUGCUUGGUAUAUCGGGCGCCUGCUUGAUGGGUUUUACCAAAGUUAGUCAUUCCUAUGAAAUGUUAUUCCUUGGCCGAUUUAUAAUUGGUGUUAAUUGCGGUCUCAAUACAUCAUUGGUGCCAAUGUACAUCUCUGAAAUAGCACCACUGAAUCUACGCGGUGGUUUAGGUACUGUUAAUCAAUUGGCUGUGACUGUAGGUUUACUAUUAUCCCAGGUGCUGGGCAUUGAACAAAUCUUAGGCACUAAUGAGGGCUGGCCCAUACUACUGGGCCUGGCCAUAUGUCCAGCAAUAUUGCAAUUAAUAUUACUGCCAGUUUGUCCCGAAUCGCCUAGAUAUUUGCUCAUAACGAAACAAUGGGAGGAGGAGGCGCGUAAAGCAUUGCGACGCCUGCGCGCCUCCGGCUCCGUAGAUGAAGACAUUGAGGAAAUGCGCGCUGAGGAACGCGCCCAACAGUCCGAGAGCCAUAUAUCGACCAUGGAGCUCAUUUGCUCGCCUACGUUGCGUCCACCAUUGAUCAUUGGUAUCGUGAUGCAGCUGAGUCAACAGUUUAGCGGCAUCAAUGCCGUCUUCUACUACUCCACAUCGCUCUUCAUGAGCUCUGGUCUGACCGAGGAAAGCGCCAAGUUUGCCACGAUAGGCAUUGGCGCCAUUAUGGUUGUUAUGACUUUGGUGUCCAUACCGCUAAUGGACCGUACCGGCCGUCGUACAUUGCAUUUGUAUGGCCUGGGUGGCAUGUUCAUCUUCUCCAUAUUUAUAACGAUUUCCUUUUUGAUUAAGGAGUUUUUUGGUUAUGUGCAGGAAAUGAUCGACUGGAUGUCAUAUCUAUCUGUGGUCGCAACGCUUGGCUUUGUCGUAUUCUUUGCCGUGGGACCCGGCUCCAUACCAUGGAUGAUAACAGCGGAAUUGUUCUCCCAAGGCCCACGGCCCAGUGCCAUGGCCAUUGCAGUGCUGGUCAAUUGGAUGGCCAAUUUUGUGGUCGGGAUUGGUUUCCCCAGCAUGAAGACCGCACUCGAGAACUAUACGUUUUUGCCAUUUAGCGUGUUCUUAGCGAUAUUCUGGAUAUUCACCUACAAAAAGGUUCCUGAGACCAAAAACAAAACCUUUGAGGAAAUCUUGGCACUCUUCCGUCACAAUAACGGCAGGAGUAUGCUAAACUGCACAAAUAGCUUGGAGCCACAAAGUAUGAAUUCUGGCAUCGAGCAUGCCGCAUUGAUGGUAUCUGAGGAGAAGACCCAACAUGACUCACCUGCAUCCGAGCGAUUUUUAGACGGCGGCCGAAGUACACACCAGGGCCGGAGCGCUGCCUCUGUGCCCCAUCACCUUCGUCAGCAAGCACCUGCCUGCCAGAACAGCGGGCCUUGACUGAGGAACGCCUCACCUCCUGAAACUGCCAGUGUACAUUCAACGAGUCGCGCUGAGGAGGAGCACCAGCAGCAGCAUUCCUCCUCCUCUGCCAUCACCUCUGCCGCUGCCGCUGCCGCUGCUGUCGCCACACAGUCCCAGCAUCAGCAUCAGUCCUGUUACACCACACAUGAAUAUGUGCAUUGUAGCUUUGAGAAGGAUAUCGUAUGUGAUCAAGCGCCGCCGUCAUUGAACACCCAACACCAGCAUGAGCCGCCCCAGCCACAGGAGGCGGUUGCCAUAAUUUCACAUUGCCAUCAGACACAGCAGCCAUCGCAGCGCAAGCACAGCCACAGUCACAGUCCGCAUCAUAGUCGCCACACAUCACCGCACAGCCAUCACUCGCAUCUGGGUCAAGGUCAGGGCCAGGUUCAGCAGCAACCGCAAUCGCACUCUCAUCAUCACCAUUAUCGCCGUCGACGUCGGCAGCACAGCGUCGCUGCUGUUGGAGGCAGCGGCAGCUUGCCAGGCGCUCAUACGCAUCACUCUUCCGGCGGUGGCCACAACACUUCCCGACAUGUGUGCAGCAGUCGACGUCAUCGCUCGGUCACGGAUGUAUCUUGUAAUUCGAUCAACGCCUGCCAGGAUGCAGCGUGUGCUGACCGCGAGGUGCAGGAGAUAAUGGUCCGCAAGUCCGGCUGCAGUGCAUCGCGGACGGAACUGGCUCAGUACUUUGCCGAGGACUUGUACGGCUCAUCGUCACGUCGCCCCAGCUCAUGUUGCACCAGCUCCGACUACUGCUAUCAAACGGACUCCACCAGCUUGUACGGCUCGCGUUCCUCACUGAGCCGCAACAACUCCAUCAAGUCCGCAUCGGCUGCCAUGCGGAAGCACCAGCGACUACACGCACGCCAGCCCAGCUACACAUCCAUAUCCUUGCGUGGCCUGAACGCCAGCCGGCCAAACAGUCAGCUCGGCUCGCUGACCUCCAUAUUCGAUCGCGCCAAACAAAUUGCCGCCGAUAGCAGGCACACCGAGCAGCAGGAGCAACGCCAAGCAACUGCUACGCCCUCGCAUGGCUCAACAUUGGAGCGGCACAGUUCGAAGGGCGCGCUCAGUAAUGAGCUGCCCGAGUACGCCUGCUCGCCAUCGCCCAUACGCUGGAGUUUCCUAGCCGACGGUAAGUCUCCCACGGAAUUCGAUCAUGAGGGGGCUGUGGGUGGUACUCUUGAGGCAACAACGGAGGAUAAAAUGGACGCCUGGAAUGUGCCCGAGCCAGAAAUGAAGCCAUGUCGCAAGCUGACCAGCAACACGGAGAGCAGCAGCAGCUGGAAGAGCGCCCUGUACGAUGAAGGACCCAGCACCUCAGCAGCGGCACGUAAGCGACGCGGUAGCAGCUAUCACUGCGAGUUCGAGGAGUCUACUACGGUAUUGUUUCAUCAGGAUCAGGAGGGUGAGGCGUACAACAACUGCUGCAACAACUACAUACAGUGCAACACGUAUCUGGAUCAGGAUCUGCAAAUUACCAGCGAGGAUAUACAUCAGUAUCUGUCCAAAGGCAAUCCAACGCUUGGCGAUGUGCUAAACAAUUCCAAGAACUAUCCAUUUCAGCCCAGCAAUGCGCUCGAGUUUCAGUACAAGAAUAACUUUCAGCAGGGCAACAACAACACCAACAACAACACGAACACCACGAACACUGCCUCCAGCGAUGCUGGCGAAUGCUUCCAGCGCUACGAACGAAGCUAUCACACUAGCUCCAGCAAGGAAACUAAUCUAAAUCAAAAUUCAAGUGCCACCCAGGCACCGCCAGAGCCGCUGUCCCCCAGCAACAUCAAUCUGUCCAGCAGCAGCAACAACAUCAACAUUGUGUUUGGCAGCAGCAGCCAGGAGCGGAACGCCAACGAGGUGAAGUUCAUUAAUAAUCGAGCGAGCGAAAGAGACUCCGAGACUUUGGUUAGCACGGAAGCGCAUCACGCAGGCUAUCUGCCCUAUACGUAUCCCAGCUACGAUUAUGCCAACAUGUCGGGCAAUUCGCACUUCGAUAAGCCGCUGGCCAUCGAUGAGCUGCCCAAGGAGUUUGCUGGCAUUCAUUUGGAUGGUGGCGGCUCUACAACCAGCGAGCAUUCAUCAUCAUUGCACUUUGACUCCUUCGACGCCGCCUCGGAGCACAACUUGCUGUCGCAGCCCAUGUCGCCCGGUUCGGCUGCUUCGGUAUCGGUAUCGGUAUCGGUUAAUCCUGCUGGCGACGGUUACAUGCACCUGCACCACGCCCAUUUUGAGCAUCAGCCGCAUUAUCAUGGCCAGUACACGCAUGCGCAUCAUUCGCACCCGCAUUCGCAUCCGCACAGCCACGCUCAUGCCCAUCAUAGCACCAACAGCAACAGCACCAGCAACAGCACGCAUCACUAUGGCACCCACGACCUGGCCGAGGAGCAGUUCCGGCUGGGCAAUGCCCUCAAGAAAGUGCGCAAGCGUGCACGCAAAUACACAGACUUCCUGCGCAAGAAAUUCACCAUACUUUGGGCGCAAGUAUGUGGUCGUCUCGAAGUCGCAGGCGCAGGCGCAGUCGCUGCCAAGGCGCUCGCAAAGCUUGGACGAGGAUUAGCUGCGGAUGAUCGACUAUCAAAUUGCAUUUUCAGCGCACACUUUUCAAAAAGCAAUAAUUAAACAUUUUUCACACAGACACAGACACAAAACGCGAAAUUAAAGAAUAACUUAAAUUUUUACACUGCCAAAUGAUAAAGAUUAAAAUUAGUAUUUAUUUGUGGUAAGCCAAAUUGUAAUGUGCGAUGGACAGACACAAAAGGAGACACAUAAACACACAUAUACACGCACACAGAAAACACACACACACGCACACACAUAAAUUCAUUGACAUGCGGCAGCCAGCUACAAUAUAACAAGAAGAACAACCACAACAACGACUAUUUUAAAAAAUACCUAAGCUAACAAUGCGUAUACAUGAUAAGUAUGAAAAUUUGUAUAUUCAAAUUAAAAUUUAAGAACAGGUUUUGAAUUUGCAUAUUUAACUUACGUAUAAAAAAAAAACAAAAAAAACAUCAACAGAAAGGUAAAUGGAAAUAAUAAUGCACAACUACCCAAGCAUAGUUUUAAAAUUAAACAACUUUAAAUACACUUAUUUAUUAGAGAUAAGAAAUCGAAAAGCAGCGCUACAAGAUUUAGAGUUUCAGCAAAUGCAGUAACAGCAAAGAAAAAAAAGCAAAAACAACAAAAUAUUAACAAUUAAACUACGAAAAAAAUUAUAAACAUAUGCAAGAAAAACAAAAACUAAAAAAAAAAUUGUAGCAGACACAUAAAAAUGCAAAGUUAUGGAGCAUUCCACUAAAUCAGUAAGCUAAUCUUAAAUAUUGAAUAUAGGAAAGUGAUUUUUUUUUAAAUUAUUUACUAUUUUAUAUGCGAAUUUUUAUGGUUGAAGUUAAACAAGUUUCUUCAGGGACUGCUUGCAAUUUAUGUAUAAGCAAUAUGCCGUUUUGCUCAAAGAAAAUACUUUAUUUUUAAAAUAUCUUAGAUUCGAAAUUUCCCCUUAUUUUUCAAAUCAAUUUCAUUUUCAUUUGAUGACCCCUUUUAAGAAGAGUUUCCCUGCUUAAUUUUAAAUUUUGAUUUAGCAAAUAAUUUGAUUGCAUGGAUCCCAACAACUGUCUUCCAAUUGUAUUUUAUAGUAAUUUUCUAGUUUCAAUUUCUUUUGAUACAUAUUUUCAUAUAUGUACAUCAAUUACGUACACAUAUAUAAUUUCAAUAAAUUAUUAAAUCAAACGUACCUUGCGUGACAAAAAAAAGAAAAAUAAAGUAUAUUAUGAUAAGCAAAAGACGAACAACUGUAAAUAUUUGCUGUUAGUUAAUCAUUAAAAAUAAUUUACAGAUAAAUUAAAUUUAAAUAAAUAUUAUUAUUUGUAGUUAUUAGCUGAAAUCAUUAAAAAUAGGUAAACCGGAAUAAUAAAUAUAAAUGCACUGCCAAAAAGGUUUUAUAAAACAAAAACGACAACAACAAAAUAGAUUGAACAAAUCGAAGAUGAUGAAUAUAAGAAAAUCAUAAGAAAAAAACAAUAACUGCUGUAAAUAUAAGAAUGAAUACAUAUAGAAAAUCAUAGACAUUUUUUAAUGGCACAUUAAUUAACGAGGAGCAUGCAAUUUGCAGAUUUUUUACAUUAUUUUAAUGAACUAAGUAAAACAAUAAUGAGUUUAAACAAAUUCUUAAAACCAAUAAAAGCCACGCGGCAGCGAUUUUGUAACAAAAUCAAAAGACAAAAUGUUAACAUUGCAUAAUAUUUAAAGUAAAAAGAAAAGAAAAGAAAAAGAAACAAAAAAAAAAACAAUAGGAGCGCCAACGACUACGAAACGAUGUUAACUGGUUGUGAGUUUGAUUUGAUAAACAGCUGAGAUACUUUCGAUUGCGAAAGUAUCUGAGAUGCAUAUCACUUGAGCCGAACUAGGUUAAUGUUGUGUGCAUUAUUCUAAAUGUAAAUAAAUUCAAAAUAAAAACCAACUAAGUUAAUUAAAGCCCAUACAAUUAAAUAUACACACGCAAUGAAUAAACUAUGCAAUUUAACAAAAAUUAGUUAAUAAACAAACAAACAAACAAAUAAACAAUAAAUGAAACAAAUUAAUGAUGCAUACAAUUUUAAUGUUCACAAAAUACAAAAACUUAACACGCGUAAAUAAAAAUUAAUUUUAAAAAACAAAACAAUUUAUGAUAAUCACACGAAGUUGAAUGCAACCCAAAACAAAAACAAAACACACAAUAAAAA